AUGUUUAUCUCCCACACUUGGUGGACUCCUGGCUGGCGAAAGGCCUUAGCGUUGCACUUCCAGAGUACCUGGCACAUUGUGCUUGGCUCCUGGGUUUUUUUGGUGACCAGUACCUUCAUUCUCUGCGUUACUGGGGUGCUGCCCCUGCCCUUCAUAUAUCAAGCCAAUCUGCUUGGAUUCCAGGGUGUUUGCCCCUUGGGAUGCUGGAUCCUACUUGGUGGGACACUGGGCCCUGCGCUGGUCUCCCUGGUCUCUCUUUACUUCCCUUGCAGAUCUCCCAUCUGCUUCGUAGAUGUAGCAUGCAUCCACCAGGAGGACAAGGCCCUCAUGCAGCGCGGCGUCCACGGAAUUGGCGGCUUUCUUGCGGUAACGCGUGAGCUGCGGGUGCUCUGGUCGAGGCUCUGGUGCAUUUUUGAACUGGCAGCCUUCCGGACAGCCAACCCAACAGGACAAAUAACUCUUGCCCCGCUCUUCGUCGAGAUGACGGUAUUUUGCAUGUGGCUGGUGCUCUGUAUGGGAAACUUCUUCUUCUGGGUUGCAAGAUCGGGAUACGGGGGUGCGAAUGUUGUGGCCUAUGUGCAGACAGCGCUGCCCUUCUUGCCCGGUAUACACUUGCUCCGGAAGAAUUAUCUCGCGAAGCAUAAGCUCCUUGCAGACAUGGAGGGUUUUGACCUGGACUCUGUGCAGUGCUACAGUGAGUCAGACCGGGACUUCAUUCAUUCGGCCAUCGCGGACUGGUACGGGAGCAGCCGAGCCUUCACACGGUUUGUGCAAGGGCCAUUGCGUGAGGAGCUCACUGCACCUAUUCUUGCCACCAACUUGCGCUGGCCUUACAUCUUCCUCCUGAUCACGCCCACCUUCAGCCUCAGCAUGGAGACAUUGGUUGCCCUCUUGAUGGGGGAUUCCCCAAUUGGGUACGCUGUGGCUUGGACGGCUGGGAUGCUUCUGGCUAACAACUGCUUCUAUGUUCCGGCCGGCAUUGUGCUCAUCAUCUAUCUCUGCGACCGUUUCGCAGAACCCCGAGGUUCAUCCGUGCUUGCGGACUACCUGCAGUCAGUCGCCAUCGUUCUCUUCGUCUUAGUGGCUGGGUUGUCCAUCAGCGCCGUCUCCAACUUUCUGGUCGCCGCCGGGCCGUGGACUGCGCUGGUAUGGCUUGGCGGUGCAGUUGUGAACUUUGUAGGUCUGCAGUUGUGCUGCAAAAGGGGACGCCUACCAGCUGCAAAACCUUCGAUCUGA